AUGGCUUCGCACAUUGCGGAAUACGUUCUCCAGCAUGGUGCAUCAGUAAUUGGAUGUUUGGGCAUUCUGAUAGUACAUGCAACUUUGACCAAGGAAGAUUUUCGAGUUUUCUAUGAACACUUUCGCCAGUGGUGUUCCAAGACAUCCUUCCGCAAGCAGCGAGACGAGCAACAGCUGCGGUACCAAAAAGAGCUUUUGCAGGCGAGGCUUCAAAUGCUUCGAGUUGCCAAUCAAGUGCUGGUACAACUGGCUUUCCUAGUGGGUUUCGUUGCACUUUGGAGAUUCUUGAAGGAUCAGAGCUUUGCCUCGAUAUGUCAAGUUGCUGGAAUGAUGCUGGCCUAUGGCCUACACUCCUGCUCCCAAAGACUUGUCAAGACGGAUCUUCAAUUUCGUGUAUUUGAAGUGGUGGUCCUGUCAGUUCAUGGGCUUAUGACCGCUGGACUCGUUGGUGAAUCUGAUAUUAUGACCCUUUUCUUUGCGGAGAAAGUGCUGGGAGCGGGACUUGUCUUCAUGUCUGUCACUCUAUUCGACCUGAAGAUGACUUUGAGUACCCAAAUUUGCGAAGCCGUGCUUCUCAUGUACAAGCAGUUUCAACUAGUUGGCUUUGAACAGGUAACAUUCGACGCAUCGUCGAUGAUGUUGGGAUUCCGCCAGGUGUUGCGAGGAGUUUGUGAUGGUGAUUUACUAUUGGACAAGAGCAGCUGCAGCAUUGUGGAUGAUGCAAGCUGCCUCGAACGCUUGCUGAAGUCCAGUAAGAAAUUGUCCAAGACUAAUUUCCUGGAUCUCUUCCUGGACUCGGAAAGUCGCCAACGAUUUUUGCACUUUCUGAGUUCGGAUCCUGAGGCAACGCCUGCGAUGCCUCGAGGCUUGAGGCUUGCUUUGCAGGGUGCUGAUGGACUGGUGUCCAUCGACGUGUUCCACACCCAGGUCUCCAACCAAGGUGCGACAGGCAAUGACUACUGCUUGUUGGCAUUAAAAGAGGAUCCAGAGCAAUCAGCCCCUCCUGAUGCGCCUGAAACUACGCCACCAACUACGUCAGUGAAGUCUGAAGCAAUCCCAUCUCGAUGUAGCAGCACGGUCUCGGAAGUUGUGGAAGCUUACGAUGAACUAGUUGAGAUUGCCUUGUUGGUGAGCAAUAAGAACGCAAUGUUUGAUAUUAAGGAGGCGCAUCUUGCUUUCAGGCGGCAGAGCUCAGAACCAGCCAUUGAAUCUGGAAUGCCCACACUGCGAAGAUUCAUCCGGCCAUCGGAUUGGGAUCGCAUGGAGAAGAUGUUUGACAUUGUGACCAAUCUCCCUCCUUCGGAUGUGCAGCAGCGUUGCACCUUCCGCCAUCCAAUGUUGUUCAGACUUCCAGGUGAAUCUCGAAGCUAUCUUCGUUCCAGACAAACCUCAGUGUAUCUGGCUGGCCAAGUAGUGCCAGACCAUCCCGCCCAUUUCUGGAUGAAUUUCUCGUCCUUUGACGCAAGUCAAAUCCGUCGUCCCAGAGAACCGGAGCUGCAGGGCAUUUAUGAAGAGUCAUAG